ACAAGACCUUGACAGCUAAGGUUGAAGAAGACGGGUUGAUAUUAGGAAGGAGAGAUGAGAGGUAGAGAGAGAGAGAGAGCUCGGGGACAAAGAACACAAGGUAAACGGAUUGCACAGCCAUAUGAGAGGUUCAGAUCCGAGGAUAGGGGACGGUUCCAACCGGAGGUGGGAGGUUAUGACAAGAGAAUAUACAACCAGGCAGUUCCUUUUUACUUCACUAACUUUCCAGAGGAAUGGUCGUUUGAGCAGAUGUGGCAUACUUUUAACAGAAUAGGCCUUGGAAGGGUGCUGGAGAUUGAUUGCCCGACGAAGAGGGAUAGGUUGGGUAGAAGAUUUGGGUUUGUUCGAUUCCUGGAUGUGAAGAAUGAAGCUGCUUUAGAAAGAAGAUUGAAUGAAGUAAGAAUAGGGAGUCAGAUCUUACAAGCAAACAAACCAAGGUAUACCAAGUGGGAUCGUCAAAAAACACUGAUUUCUAACAACCGAUCCAAGGCUUGGGACUGGAGACAACAAAGCCUUUAUGGUAAUGGUAGAAGACCAUCAUAUGCGGAGGUAGUUAAAGCAGCAAAUAGCAGGAUGGAAGAAAGGCCCAAUCAAGAAAGAAGAAAAGAAGGAACAGAGCAACGGCAUGGAAACAAUGGCGCUAGCGUCUAUGGAGCUCAACAAAGGGAAUGGAAACCGAAACACCAACACCAGCACUGGUCAGGUAUGGAGCUGAACGUCGAUUUGGAGGAAUAUGCAUGGCUAGAAAAAUGCUUUGUGGGUACAGUGCACUCGGUGAACUCCAUAUCUAAUCUGCAAGAAAAAUUCUACAUGGAAGGAAUUUUCUUUACCAGCAUUAGACCAAUGGGAGGUAGAUUAGUGUUAUUAGAAGCCAAGGAACAUGAGGAUUUGAAGGAGCUUGUUGAUACUGGUAAAGAUUGGCUGGGAAAGUGGUUUGAAGACGUGAAGCCAUGGACACCCACAGUGGUCGCAGCGGAGAGAUUCGCUUGGAUCCGAUAUGAGAGCACGAUAAGCAAGGAGAGAUUGGACAUUGCAAGGUUCCUUAUAUCCACACCAUCCAUGGAAUCUAUCUCAAAGUCUAUCACAGUGAAGAUCAAUGGAGAAUUCUUCACACUCAUGUUCACAAAAGAGGAAUCAACAAACAAUCUCUUCACCAUGAGGUCUGACAGGACUCGUCAUACACCCAGUGAAGAGGAAGAAGAAAGCAGUUCUACAGAUAACCAGAAUGAGGUACAUUCCGAUUCCGAUGAGAACAUUUUUGAACAGAUUGUGAUACAGUCACAGGGGAUUGAAGACGAUGAUGUGGCAAUGCUAAGGGUUGAGGUGGGGGAUGAGGUGGCAUCACCGAACAUGGGGGAUGGUAAUAAGUAUGAGGUGGCAACUCAAAGGGAUGAGGUGGCUUCACCGAACAUGGGGGAUGAAAAUGAGAACAACAUGGCAAGUCCAAAAGCUGAGGUGGCUAAGCACAGCGAUGAGGCAGCUUGCAGCAAAAGGAACGAGGACGAGGAAGCAAGCACUGGAACCGAGAUAGUCCAGGAAACAGAGGGUAUGGGCGAUUGCAGAAGGACGCUCCUUGAUUCAAAUUCAAACUUUCAACGUGUGGGAGAAACAAGAAGGAUUCGGACGGAUCCAGAUUUGGUGAAUAAUAAAGUUGAUACAGGAAACUUACAAAUUGACAGCCAAUUGAUUACAAAUGCAAAAAUGGGCAGCUAUGACAAGACUUAUCAAAGAAGAAAAGAUUUAUUAGCAGAAGACUGCAGGAGAGGCGGCCAGGAAGGAAGAUUUGAUAAAGGAUUAAAUGAUGGGCUGCCAACUAAAGGAAUGGGCCUUCUGGAGGAGCUUGGGCCGAAAAAUGACCAACCGGAUGAUAUACAAGAAUCAAUAAACAUAGGCCCAAAGAAGCAUAAGGAGAAUAAAAGCAACAUACCCAAAGCACGGGACAGGAAAUCAGAAAUUUCUUUCUGGGACGACCUCGGCAGCGACUCAGACACAGAAGCAAGAUGGAUGAAUAGAAAUGAUGGCCGCGGGAAAAGAAAGAAAAAGAGUAGAGCAAAGUCCUGUGCAUCAGUUUACAGAAAAUCCGGGGGAUUAGAUGGCUUCUUGAUUCAACAGAAAAACAAAGGGCAGAAAAAAUCAGCCGUUGAGACAAAGAAGAAGAUCCUGUUUGAGAAAGAUCCAGAGAAAUCAAUUGCAGAUAAUUCGAUUAACGACAGCAACAUCCAGAAUUGUAAUAAAAGCAUUGAAACGAGAAGUAGAAAAAGGAACAUGGAAGCUCUGUGGUCACGGGUGAAAGAAUUCGGAGUGACUGCACAAACAGAGGAAAUUUCAGUGCUGCAGAAAUUGGUAGACAUGGAAAGCCAUGACAAAGCAAGAUGGAGACAUGAGGAAGAAAAGAAGAACCGAAAAGGAGACCAGGGCCCAAAACCCUUUAAAUUUUUCAAUGUGUGGCUGCAAGACCAUGUCUUCAGAGAAAUGAUAGAGAAACAGUGGAACAGUUUUAACAUCCAAGGCUGGGGGGGUUAUGUGCUGAAAGAGAAGCUGAAAUUAUUGAAAAACAGUAUGAAGGAAUGGACAAGGAGCCAUGUGCAGGAAGUGGACAAGCAAAUUGAGGAAGCAAAAGAUAAUAUAGCCAAACUUGAUUGUAAAGGGGAACUACAGCAGCUCACUGAGGAGGAAAGCUCUCGUAAGAGAGAUCUAUUGCUAAAUCUAUGGGAAAACAUUCAAAAAAAAGAAGAAAUGGCAAGACAAAAAUCAAGGAUGACGUGGAUGAAAGAAGGGGAUGCAAAUACAAGCUUCUUCCACCGAUGCAUCAAAAGUAGAUGGAGAAGGAAUGAGAUUAAUUCCUUAAUGGUCAACGGGAAGACCCUGCAUGAAGUUGAAGAGCUGAAACAAGGAGUGACUAAAUAUUACAAGAAUUUAUUUACAGCGGAGGACUGGAAACGGCCAAUUAUGGAGGGUGUCCACUUCAACAAAAUUUCUGAAACAGAAAAGGAUCUCUUAACAGAACCGUUCCUUGAAGCAGAGGUCAAAGCAGCUGUUUGGAACUGUGAUAGUGAUAAAGCCCCAGGUCCGGAUGGUUUGAGCUUUGGUUUCUUGAAAGCAGAAUGGGAAGUGGUAAAAAAGGAUAUAAUGAAGUUUCUAGCAGACUUUCACAUCAAUAGUAAGAUGGUGAGGGGCUCCAAUUCCUCUUUCUUGGUUUUGUUACCCAAAAAAGAGAACCCACAAAGACUUGAAGAGUACAGGCCCAUUUCCCUGAUAGGGUGCAUGUACAAAAUCCUUGCAAAAAUCCUUGCCAACAGAUUGAGUAAAGUGCUGGACGGGCUCAUAGGUGAACAACAAUCAGCAUUCAUAGCAGGAAGACAACUGGUUGAUGGCGUAGUUAUUGCAAAUGAGACGAUAGAUGAAAUUAAAAAGAAAAAAUUGAGUUGUUUUCUCUUCAAGGCCGAAUUCGAGAAGGCUUAUGACAAUGUCAGCUGGGAGUUUCUGGACUACAUGCUAGAAAGGAUGAAUUUUGGCUUGGUUUGGAGGAGAUGGAUCCGGGAAUGUGAAAAUUCCAAUGCGAAAGACAUGGGAACAUGGAUCAAUGGGAGCUGGCAAUGGAAACUAUCAUGGAAACGUCAAUUGCGUCCGUGGGAGGAAGAAAUGGAAACAAAACUUCUUGAGACAAUCAGGACAGCUCACCCAACACAAAACAAAGAAGACCAAUGGUGCUGGCAAUUGGAAACCUCAGGGAAAUACACAACUAAGUCAGCAUAUGCUCAACUUUUAAAGGGCGACAAUAGACCUGCUGGAGAGUUCAAAAGGAUGUGGAAGGCCUCCAUCCCACCUAAAGAAUGGAUGGAUUCUCUUUACAAGAUUGGUGCGAAAACCCAACCAAAUGUUUAAAGAGCAAUGUCAACAUGAAAGAAAGAGUUUGAACUGGACCAUUUUCCCAGGGACUUUAAUUUGUUACAUUUUUUCUGUAGUAGCCGAUGAUUAAGAAAAUCGUUUUCACCUG